CCUAAUAAACACAAAUGCAAUCAUACAAAUACAAAAACUUUAUUCUAACUGUUGCACAGUACAGUUCGAUGGAAAUACACACUUGUGUGUGGUGUGUAUUUCAGAUUUAGAGCUUGUAUCAUCUCCCUGAGAAUAUAUAACAACAAAAAGUGACUCUCUGAUUUCUACAGUAACACUGUUACCUCAAAUUAACCACAACAGUGUAAUAAAAAAUACUUAUAUGCAUUCAUGCUUGGGCACUGUUAUUUACGUGACAACACCUGAACAGAACACACACACACAUUGGCUGCUUGUUUCUACCGCUCCCCUCACUGGAAGCGGACCUCCCGCCGCCAGCCUCCGCCUUGAUUAAACGCUGAAAAUUAAAUAAAAGAGGGAGACAGGUAUCUCCUAUUUUAUCUUAUUUUGUUAUAUUUCUACCGCUCCCCUCGCUGGAAGCGUCGGACCUCCCGCUCCCGCCGCCCGCUCCUGUCUCAAACACGGAGGUCUCCCUCUCCGCUGAGCACCUGGCGCACGCCCGGCCUGUUAAAUAGCCUGGAACCAUGACAACUGUGUGACACAAACUCAGUGCUUUAGUGAUUAGGCCGUGCCGCACUCUAAUGGAAAUGCACGUGACGUUUUUGUUGUUGUGGAACCGGUUCCAGAACUGGAACUUUGGACCCGGUUCCAAAAAAGAACCGGAUCCGGAUCCCAACCCUAUGUGUUCUGUUGCCAGGGUGAAGUCGGUGAGGGAGCUGAUGAGAGUUUGGCCAGUGGUGAUCAUCCAGGGUGGGUCAUUUGAGGAGGUGCAAGAUGAGGCCAGUUGUUGGUGAAUGGUGUUGAUUUUGGAGCUUAAGAAGUCCAGGAAAGUAGUGGAAAUGUCUGGAGGGAGGGUUUUAGGAGGCUGAAGUAGGUGGCUGACUUUUGAGAAGAGGACACUGUUGUGACCUGUACUGGUGUUGAUGAGGUUGGAGUAGUAUGAAGAUUUGGCAGUGGUGAGGGCGUUCUUGUAGUGGUUAAGGUGGUCCGAAGACAUUUGGCCGUGUACAGUGAAUCUGGUCAUUUUGUACAGUCGCUCCAGUCGACGGCCUGUGGCUUUGAGCUGGCGGAGGUCAGGGGUGAACCAGGGAGCAGUGUGUGUGAAUGAAACUGAGCGGGUUUUCAGGGGAGCCAGGGUGGUGAGGGACGAGGAGAGACAAUUGUUACAAUGAGUCACCAGGCCAGCAGGGGAGGAGGCUGGGAGAGGGCUGGGGUAGGAGCUGAUCAGGGUGGAGAGAUCUGUGGUGUUGAUGUGUUUGAUGUUUCGGAAGGAGAUGGUCCGUUGUUCUUUGGCUUUGUGUAGUUGGGUGUGAAUGUCAAAAAGUACAGCUUUGUGGUCAGGGUUGGGAGGUUGACAUGUUGUGUGAUGCCGAGACAGUCCAGGAGUGAUGUGAAGUCAUUUGCAAAGAUACUGGAUGGGUCGUCAAUGUGGAUGUUGAAAUUGCCAAGGAGGAUAACAGUGGGGGACAUUGCACAUACAGAUGUUGGUAGUGAUGAGAAUUCAUUGAGGAAAACAGUGGAGGGUUUUGGUGGUCUGUAGAUGGUAACAAUGAUAGUGGGUUCGGGGCCUGUGAGUUUUACAGCUAAACAUUCAAAUGAGGAGUGAUGAGGGACAGUGACAGCAGUGGCUUUGAUGUUAUCACGGUGAAGGAGACCGAGGCUGCAAAGGCUGAAACUUCAAUAUGCAGAGACACAAAUAUAAUGCAAACACUGUAAUACAAGUGUCAGUUAUCAUUUGUGAUGGACAGAGGAAAAUAAAUAAGUUAAUACACUUUGAAAUACCUUGAACAAGCCAGUUUAAAGUUGUAGAGAAGAUUCUUCUCAUAUCACUUUUUAAAAAGACUCUUUCCCAUGGUUGCAGGUGACAUACAACCAAAGGAAAGAAUGACAAAAAACCAUUACCUCAACAGAUACAAGAGGCCAGCAAUGUUACUUAUUCUAUGUCUGAAAAGGGAUUUAGUUCCUAGUAUGGGUUCACAUCCAAAAAACACUGUUUACUUCCCAUAAUGCCCUAAAUGUUUAUACCAUUCAAACUCCACAUCCUCAGACUGUAAUUAAGCAAUAUUACACGAGAGUUUACGCAAGGGCUUUGGUCCUGACCGCAUCACAGUCAAUGCCACUAAUGACGUUAAAGCACACCCUUUUAUAAUAUUGCAAUAAUACAAGUAUUACCAACAAAAUAAAAUAUAUUAUCUAACUGUAUUCGUGUUGAGCGACAGUUAGCUUUUGAAAUAAAAAACUGUGUGCAACUAUGGUCUCCGUUUCCAUGGAAACUAAUAUGAUAACCAAUAACUGGAAAACAGUCAGUCACGUAGACUCCUAUAUGCAGCAGAGUCCUGCACAGGUCUAUUUUUGAAAACCCACACCCGCUCAGUACCAGAACCAACCAGUUACCCGUCAUAAUGUCUAAGUCAAAGCCGCACUGCCUGCACCAGUCCGUACCCUUUAAUAAAAGUCCCAUGACCCAACCCACACCCAUGAUUAAACACACACAGGCUACAGUCAAGCUGUGUUCUCCAUUCUUGAAUUACAAAUCCAGCAGAAAAAAAAGUCUCUCUCACUGGCUGCGCUCGGUGCUGGGAGGAUGAAAACAUUGUGCACAAUCACUGCCAGGUUAGGAAUCAUUUAAGCAUGCUCCUUCCACCACCAUAAAACCUCAGAAGGAUCCUCCUUGGGUGUCUUGAACUCAGUGUUGGCUGCCACCUCAUAAUUGGGCUGCAAAGUUUGAUGGCUGGAGUCCUCCACGUUGGUGAUGAAUGUGACGACAGGGUCAAAGGUUCAGCUUCUGUCAAUGACUUUCAAAAUAAAAGGAAUUACAGCUUGAUAAUAUCAAUUUAGAUAUCAAAAUAUUACACAUAUACUGCACAUCUUUUUCAUUUGUUUUAUUCUGAAAAAUAAAAAACAUAUUUUUGUUUUCACCUGCUCCCCAUCCGCAUGUAGUUAAUUUUUACCCGUGGCCAGGAAUCUAAACAAUUUUUUAUUUUUUUAUUUUUUUUUUUAACCUGUUACAUAGCUUUUUACAGGUUACCUGUGGGGUACACGAUGAGUGCCAUAGGAUGGCAAACAUUUCCGAUAACUCAAGCAUUGUAACAUCCAAAACUCAAAAUGAACUGGAAAAAAAAAAUUUUGAUGUAAUCAUUUCCAAAAUUCACAAUGUUUUUAUCAAAUAAAAUAUUCUGCUUCAUACCAUAUCCAUAUCCAUAUGACGUUUAUUCUUUAAAUUUUUCACUGUGGUCACACUCCGGCUGUCUGCACUCCAGGGAGGCACACACCUGCACUGACAAACAACACCAUCAAUUAUAAUCAUUAAAGAAAGUUGACUUAAUAAAAAAUAAAACAAACUAACUUAUUUAAACCAACCAGUCACCUAGCCUUUGUAUGUAUGUAUGUUAUAUCUUCAAAUGCACUGUUUAAGUUCAAGUUCCAAAAUAGUUUUAUUUAAGUUAGUUAUUCUAUAAAUGUUAUUUAGUCCAGGGGCCAAGGCAGAUUUUGGUAUCACUUAAAGGGACCAAACAAUUUUGGUAUUUUUGACUUCCUCUAUGUCUCUAGUUUACAUUUUGGUAUGAUAGACCUGCCUAUGUAGUAGCUUAAUAAAAAAUUUUGGAUGAUCUUUGGGUCCUCCCCAAAAUUGACCCCACUUGCUCCUUUCUGCAACACACUUGCUCCUGCACACUACACACUAUUUCAUACAUAAGACACUUAGUUCAAAAAUGAAAUCUCAGGGUACCAUUGGGAAAACACAUCUAUUCAAAAUACAACACACAUUGGUUAAUUGAUAAUACUUAGACACACACCUGAAAAUACUUACUUACAAAACUGAACACCAAUCAGCCAGCUACAAAAAGGCCUCAGUUAAGCCAUUUUGAGAACUUUGCAAGCAUGGAGGCAGGGAGAGCUAGAGGCAGAGGAAGAGGAAGACAGAGAGAGAGAGAGGAGGACGUGGUCGAAGAGGCCAUGCAAGGACCAUUAUUUCGGAUGACAUAAGAGCAACUUUAGUGGACCAUGUCAUAAACCAUGGCCUGACCAUAGACUCCACCCUAAUCUAAGCCGUUUCACAGUUUCAUCCAUAAUAAGGACAUUCUGACUGGAAAACAGGUAUGUAUUCAGCUCUCUACUCUACUCAGACUGUAUCUAGAGUAUUUACAGUACUGUACCAUAUCACGUUACCGUAUCACAUGUACUGUAUUGCAGGGAUGACGUCAGACGCCGAUGACCACGCUUGACUGAGUGUCGAGCAGAAUCAAACAAAACUCUUCAAAAAUACCGCAGGAAAAAGACAAGUGGUAAAAGAAAACGUGUAUGUAUGAAGAAGAUUCGUGGUUAAGUAAGUUUCAGAAAAGUUUGUGCUGGUUGUAGCCUAUCCAACAAAUCUGAGAUCAUGUCGGCACCUCGGACAAGGUCUGAUAAAGUUUCUGACAUUAAUCUACAAGAGGAGUUUAAAGCUAUUCGUGAGGGGAUGGCUUCAAUGCAAGCUGCUCUUGAAUUGCAGCUGGAUAAAAAAGUGGACACGUUACGUGACACAAUGAUGAAGCUGGCGCACGACAACAUGGAAUCAAUGAAAAAACAGAUGGAGAAAAUUACCAAGGAAAUCAGGGAAAGUCUGGAUGUGGAGGUGGGAGUCUUGAGUGCAAGAAUGGAUGCGAUUGAACUGAAGAUUGAGAAGAAUAAAACGUCUAAGAAACUCAGAUUUGAUCCUGACGUUUCCAUUAUUGUGUCGGGCCUGUCAUCUGUUAACAACGAGGAUGCGACGGAGAAAGUAAGAGAGCUGCUUGCCGCCGGCCUGCGGUGUGACCCGAUGCCAGAGCUGGUUGCCGUGGAGCGUCUGAGGCCGCGCGGUCCGGGACCCGGUAUCAUCAAAGUGGAGUUUCGUACGGUGGAGGAGAAGGUGGCAGCCCUGCGGUUAAAACAUCUACUGCGGGAGAACCGGAGCUUUGAAAGGGUCUACAUAAGAUCAGCAAAAUCCCACGCGGAUCGUCUCAUUGAGCUGAAUUUUCGCACCCUGCUUCGUGAACUACCGACAGUGGGGAAGGAUUUCUACAUUACCGGCAGAAUGAUGAAACGUUCACCGGUUGAUGCUGAUGCUUACUCCAAGAAUAAGUGAGGAGCUCCGGCCCAGUCUAAUGGCAAGAAGGCCUGCUGGGGAUGGACGCCAACGCCUGUUCACCCAACAGCAGGAACUUGCCAUAGUGAACCUUGUCAGAGCAAACAAUGCAAUCCGUCUCCACCAGCUACAGCAAAAAUACUUGCAGAUAGGCA